AUGACUCGCAUCUCUGCCUUAAUCACCGUGCUCGCCGCAGCCACUACCGCUCUCGCAGGCACCAUCAGCCCAGAAGUUCUCUUCCGCCGAGACGACACCAUCUGGUGCGGUGCCAUUCAGAGCAAGGUGCCUUCCGGUCAUUUCACAGACGUAUAUGGCGAAUGGGUAAUCCCCAAGCUGUCUAAGCGCAACGGUCAGGGGGGCAGUACGCCCAACAAUGAGCUCAAUGUUCCUAUGUGGGUAGGCAUUGACGGCGUAGGAGGUAUUUGCAACAAGGGAGCCCUCCUCCAAGCUGGUACAACUUCAUUCCUUCACCCUGAUGGCAAAGAGUCAACCCAGUUUUGGGUCGAGUUCUUCCCCAAGCCUGCUGCAUUUCAGAACUUCGAAGUUAACACUGGCGAUCGCGUUGGUGUUCAAAUCCACGCCGAUUCAAUGACCAAGGGAACUGUGCACCUCCACAACUUGACCAAGAAAAAGACCAAGACUGUUACUAUCGAGGCACCGGCAGGAAAGUCCCUCUGUGGAAAGAGCCUUGAAUGGAUCAUUGAGUGGUCUGGUGCUGGUCUCCCGCACUUUGAUGGCUUCAACUCAAAGGCCAGCGGCAAGACUAGUACUGGAAAGUCUGUCAAUGCCAAGGGAUCCCAGCUUGCUGACGUUCAUCGUGGUGGAAAGUCGUACUGCAAGGGCAGUGUUACCAACUCUGGAGACGUUCACUUUGCGCCCAACUAG